UGCCUAGACGCUGCGCAUCAGGCGAAAGUAGCUCGUCUGAUUGCUGAACAUACACAUGGCUCAUCUCCUCAGCCAGAUUCGGAGCAUGAGCAGCCAGCUGUGUCUGGCCAUCAAUCGGCCCUAACAGCUGCUACUACUACUAGUACAUAUGCGGAUGAAACGCUUAUGGCGACUGCUACCGCUGCUGCUGCCUCCUCACAAACGCAGCGUGGCAUGACUCAGUCACAGUCAUCGUCCGGCUUAAAAUCACGCUUAUUCAAUGCUCUUGGCCUACAGCAACAGCAACAACAACAACAGCAACAAUCACCAUCCUGA